AUGGGAAGCAAUUAUGCUGCUGUUGCGUUCAGCACCAAUGCAAAAUAUCCUAUGUACAGCUAUGAUUUCAAAAUGGAUCACUACUCCACUGGAAUGUUUGGAGCCAUUGUAAAUUAUGCCACCUAUGUUCCUGAUAAGGACUCGCGGCAAUGGCUGAAACAUAGUAAUUCAUCAUCAAAUGGUUGUGCUGAGAAAAGAGUUGAUUCAAACAUAAAAGAGGAACAUUGUGACUUAGACGACGAAGGCUUCUUUGAGCUCGGUGAAGAUGAAGGAAUUCCUGAAGACGACGUUUUGAACGUUUUGAAUAACAUUAGCGCUGAGCAGAAAAGCAGCGAAAAGAAGCGUGGUAGUAGAACUACAAACCGAGGUAGGACCAACGAAUGGGAAGAAAAAGAGGAACAGGAGAGAGAUGUGUGGAAAGAAGGGGUCAUGGAGAAGGGCUCCUUCGAAGCAGUGGAUGAUGUUUCUUUUGGAACAUCUCGUAACUCUUUGCUUUUAGUCGGGAAAACAAACGAAGCCUCUGAAGAGUAUCCUGUCUCACCGCUGGCUUCCGGAUUGCAGCCAUCAUACCGUGCAAGCCGACCUACAAGAAGGCAUAGGGGAUCAAGGCAGCCAGAAGAGCCUCUUUUGAAGUGGCUUCUGAAGAAAAGGUUCUGUUGUGGCCUAAUGGCUAUGAUGCAAACGAAAACUGCAAAGAAUUACUAG